CCAGGCUGUCCCCGGGGCUCGGCCGCGGCCCGGGCCAGCAGCAGUGGGGUUAAGGCCGGCCGGGCGGGCGGCUGGACAGGCGUCAAGGUGGUUGCUCCAUCCAUCCCUGCGCAGUCGGAGGGGCCGGAGAGCGGAGCGGGAGCGGGAGCCCUGCCCUGCCCGCCGCCAUGAGCACAGGCAAAGCAGGCAUCCCCCUCCUGCUCCCCCUGGCCCUGCUGCUGGCUGCAGCCUCCCAGCCCCCCGGGGGGGACCCCCCGAAGGAGCCGGGGGACGGGGACGGCCCGCGCUGCCCCAGCCCCUGCGCCUGCAGCCUGGACGAUUACAGCGAGGAGCUGAACGUCUUCUGCAGCGGCCGCAACCUGACGCGCCUGCCCGAGGACGUGCCCCCCAACGCCAAAGCCCUGUGGCUGGACGGCAACAACUUCACGCUGCUGCCGGCCGCUGCCUUCAGGAAUUUAUCAGCCCUGGACUUCCUGGACCUGCAGAGCAGCCAGCUGGGCUCCGUGGAGCAGCACGCCUUCCACGGGCUGCGCAGCCUCUACCACCUGCACCUGGAGCGCAACCGCCUCAAGCACCUGGCUCCGCACACCUUCCUGCACACCCAGAACCUCGUGUCCCUCAGCCUCAACAACAACCACUUCAGCAAGGUGGAGGAAGGGCUGUUCGCUGGGCUCUCCAACCUCUGGUACCUGAACCUGGGCUGGAACUCGCUGGUGGUGCUGCCUGACAGGGUGUUCCAUGACCUGCCCAACCUGAGGGAGCUGAUCCUGGCUGGGAACAAGCUGCCCUACCUCCAGCACCAGCUCUUCUGCAGCCUCACCGAGCUGAAGGAGCUGGACCUGAGCGGGAACGCACUCAAGGGCAUCAAGAUCAACAUCUUUGUCAAGCUGCAGAAGCUGCAGAAGCUGUAUCUGAACCACAACCACAUCAACGCCAUCGCGCCCCGCGCCUUCAUGGGCAUGAAGUCCCUGCGGUGGCUGGACCUGUCCCACAACCGCCUGGUCUCGCUCUAUGAGGACACCUUCCUGGGCCUCCUGAGCCUGCACGUCCUGCGCUUGUCCACCAACUCCAUCACCAGCUUGAGGCCCAGGACUUUCAAGGACCUCCAGUUCCUGGAGGAGCUGCAGCUGGGGCACAACCGGAUCCGGAGCCUGGCGGAAAGGACCUUCGAGGGGCUGGGCCAGCUGGAGGUGCUCAGCCUCAACAACAACCAGCUGCAGGACAUCAGGGCCGGGGCCUUCCUGGGGCUGCACAACGUGGCCGUGAUGCACUUGUCUGCCAACUGCAUCAAGGUCCUGCCUGACUUUGUCUUCAAGGGGGUCACCAAGCUGCACAGCCUCCACCUGGAGCACAGCUGCGUGGGCAGGAUCCGGGCCAACACCUUCUCCGGGCUCUCCAGCCUGCGGCGGCUCUUCCUGCAGCACAACAGCAUCUCCCUCAUCGAGGACCAGAGCUUCAGCGAACUGCACGAGCUCCUGGAGCUCGACCUGAAGCACAACAGGCUGAGCCACCUUUCGCCCCAGCUCUUCGUGGGGCUGAGCAACCUGGAGUACCUCUUCCUCUCCUCCAACCAGCUCCUGGAGAUCUCCCAGGACACCUUCAGCCCGCUCCAGAGACUCUUCUGGCUCGACCUCUCCCACAACCAGCUGGAGACACUGGACAACAGCAUCAUCUCCCCCCUGGCCAACCUGCGCUACCUCAGCCUGAGGAAUAACUCCCUGGAGACCUUCUCGGUGGCAUUCCUGCGCCCCCCCUUCGCCCUGGAGCAGCUGUGGCUGGGGGGCAACACCUGGCACUGCAACUGCUCGCUGAAGGGCCUGCGGGACUUCUCCCUGCAGCACCCCGCCGUGGUCCCGCGCUUCGUGCAGUCGGUGGCCGAGGGGGACGACACCCAUGUCCCCAUCUACACCUACAACAACCUCACCUGCCUGCACCCCCCGGGCCUGGCGGGGCUGGACCUCCGCGACACCGCUGAGGAGAGCUUUGCUCACUGCUGAGCUGGGCUGGCCCCCCCAGGGACCCUCAUCCACCACCACCCUGGCCCUGGCCCGGCCUCCCCGGGGCAGCAGCAGCAGCUGGGGCUCUGUGGCCACCCCAGACGAGCACCUCCAGCAGCCGCCUUGCUCAGAAGAUGCUGGAUGGGCACCAGCCCCCUGGGCUUCAAACUGAGUAUUUCAGUCCCUUAAUAUUUAAAUAGCAGCCCCCAGGGCAGAGCAUGGUUGCUCCCAGCUCCCAGCAGGAGCAUCUCUGGAUGGGGGAAUGCUGCACCCCCAGCCCUGCAGCCACAGCAAGGGGCAGCCCUGCCCAGGCCAGGACCUUUAUGAGACAAAACAAAGAGUUUUCCUGCCAUGGAGCAGUGGAGAAAUCCUAAAAGCCCCCCCAAGCUUAGGGAAGGGGGCAGAGGACUUGCUGUAAUGAUUCCUUGCAGCAGCAGGUGUAGGCAGGGCACAGAAAGCCACACGUUGCUCACCUGAUAAAUGGCAGCAGACAAAUAAACCUUUGGAGCUAUUGCAA